AUGGGCUGCGCACCCAGCAUCCACGUCUCGCAUAGCGGUGUGAUAUACUGCCGGGACUCGGAGGAGUCCAACUCCCCGCACCAGACCACCACGAUCUCGCAGGGCACCACCACCCUGCACGGCCUCUUCGUUAAGACAGACGCGGCCGACUCCAUCCCCUCCGUCCUCGCCUACCAGAGCCGGCAGCCGCCGCCCUCCGCCGGCCCCCGCCGCAAAGAGCGCAGGGAGUCCGGCGGCGCCUCCGCCCGGUCCAGGACGCCCCACUGCUGCAGCGUCGAGGCGGAGACCCAGACCAGCAGCUCCAGCGCCAAGCAGGCUUCAACUGCAGAAGUACAAGUUGGACCCAUGAGACUGACACAAUACCCAAUUCAGGUUUUGCUGAUCUUUGCAAAAGAAGACAACCAAAGCAAUGGUUUCUGGUGGGCUUGUGACAGAGCAGGAUACAGGUGCAAUGUUGCCUGGACUCUGGAGUCAGCACUUGAAUGUUUCCUGGAUAAGCACCAGGAAAUAAUUGUUAUAGAUCACAGGAACUCCAAAUAUUUUGAUGCAGAAGAUAUCUGCAGGUCUAUUCGUGCCACAGAGCUAUCAGAGCAUACUGUAAUACUUGCUGUGGUUCCACGCACAUCUGCUGACCAAGAAGAGACUUCUGUUCUCCCUCUUCUUGAUGCAGGCUUUGAUAGGCAAUUCAUGGAGAACAGCAGCGUAACUGCUUGUUACAAUGAACUGGUUCAAAUAGAACAUGGCGAAGUACGAUCUCAGUUCAAACUGCGGGCUUGUAAUGCAGUGUUUACAGCAUUAGACCAUUGUCAGGAAGCUGUAGAAAUAACCAGUGAAGAUCAUGUCAUUCAGUAUGUUAAUCCAGCCUUUGAACGGAUGAUGGGGUACUGCAAGGGAGAACUUAUUGGCAAGGAGCUCACUGAACUCCCUAAAAGUGAUAAAAACUCUGCAGAUCUUUUGGACAACAUACACACAUUUAUUAAAAAAGGAAAGGAAUGGCAAGGAGUUUACUACGCAAGAAGAAAAUCAGGAGACAAUAUCCAGCAGCAUGUGAAGAUAACACCUGUGGUUGGUCAAGGAGGGAAAAUAAGACACUUUGUGUCCCUCAAAAGGCUGCAUUGUACCAAUGAAAACAACAAACAGCUCUACAAGAGUCACCGUGAAGAUAAGAGCACAGGAGACAAUUCCCAGUCAGAAUCUGGUUCUUACAAGUGCAAGAACAGAAGGAAAGACUCAGUUGACGUUAAGUCAAUAACAUCUCAAAAUAGUGAUGCUCCAAGUUUACAGACCCGACGGUACUCUUCAAUGGCACGGAUUCAUUCUAUGACAAUAGAAGCUCCUAUCACAAAGGUUAUUAACAUAAUUAAUGCUGCCCAGGAAAACAGCCCGAUCACAGUAGCAGAGGCCUUGGACAGAGUCCUGGAAAUUCUGCGGACAACAGAACUCUAUUCCCCUCAGCUAGGUACCAAAGAUGAAGAUCCUCACACAAGUGAUCUUGUUGGAGGUUUGAUGAAUGAUGGCUUGAGAAGACUGUCAGGAAAUGAGUAUGUGUUUUCUAAGAAUAUGAACCUGAGCCAUACUCACCUUCCAGUGCCAAACACCAUCAAUGAUGUUCCACCCUGUAUUGCACAGCUCCUAGAUAACGAGGAAAGUUGGGACUUCAAUAUUUUUGAGUUGGAGGCUGUUACAAAUAAAAGGCCAUUAGUGUAUUUGGGGUUAAAAGUUUUUGCCCGGUUUGGGGUCUCGGAGUUUUUAAAUUGUUCGGAAGCAACGCUGCGGGCAUGGCUGCAGGUCAUUGAAGCCAACUACCAUUCCUCCAAUUCAUACCACAACUCCACACAUGCAGCAGAUGUUCUGCAUGCUACUGCCUUCUUUCUUGGGAAGGAGAGAGUUAAGGGAAGUCUGGACCAUUUAGAUGAGGUAGCUGCAUUAAUAGCUGCCACCAUUCAUGAUGUAGACCAUCCUGGACGGACCAACUCAUUCCUCUGCAAUGCAGGCAGCGAAUUAGCUGUCCUUUACAAUGAUACAGCUGUAUUAGAGAGUCAUCACACAGCACUGGCGUUUCAGCUUACAACAAAAGACAGCAAAUACAACAUUUUCAAGAAUAUUGAUAGAAAUCGCUACAGGACAUUGCGACAGGCCAUUAUUGACAUGGUUUUGGCAACAGAGAUGACGAAGCACUUUGAGCAUGUCAACAAAUUUGUGAACAGUAUCAACAAGCCUAUGGCAUCUGAGGAGGCCAGCCCACGUAGUGAAGGCAGCGAAACUGAAUGCACAACCAACAUAAAGAAUUUUCCAGACAACCAGACAUUGAUCAAGCGUAUGAUGAUUAAAUGUGCAGAUGUAGCAAAUCCAUGUCGCCCCCUAGAGCUAUGUAUCGAAUGGGCAGGCAGGAUUUCAGAGGAGUACUUUGCACAGACUGAUGAAGAGAAGAGACAGGGCCUGCCUGUUGUAAUGCCAGUAUUUGACAGAAACACCUGCAGCAUCCCCAAGUCUCAGAUUUCCUUCAUUGAUUAUUUUAUAACAGAUAUGUUUGAUGCAUGGGAUGCAUUUGCACAUCUGCCUGUUUUAAUGCAACACUUGGCUAAUAACUACAAACACUGGAAAACACUGGAUGAUUUGAAGUGCAAGAGUCUCAGGCUCCCAUCAGAAAACAACAACUGA